ACGUACAACUCUUGGGCAAAGUACGGCGGUGGCAGACCAUUGAAUUCCCUGGAGCUUCCUGAGACAAGAGAGUGGAGGGCGGCCACACACUUGGAGCCUGCAGCAUGCCAGCACUGUCCACAGGAUCUGCUGGCGACAUGGGUCUGUAUGAGCUAUUGGCUGCUCUGCCUGCCCAGCUGCGGCCACAUGUGGAUAGCCAGGAGGACCUGACCUUCCUCUGGGACAUGUUUGGUGAAAAGAGCCUGCAUUCACUGGUCAAGAUUCAUGAAAAACUUCUCUACUAUGAGAAGCAGAGCCCGGUGCCCAUUCUCCAUGGUGCGGCAGCCUUGGCUGAUGAUCUGGCUGAGGAGCUACAGAACAAGCCGCUAAACAGUGAGUUCAGAGAGCUGCUGAAACUGCUGUCAAAACCCAACGUGAAGGCUUUGCUCUCAGUACAUGAUACUGUAGCUCAAAAGAGUUACGAUCCUGUGUUGCCUCCUAUGCCCGAUGAUAUCGAUGACGAGGAAGACUCAGUGAAAAUAAUCCGCCUGGUCAAGAACAGAGAACCCCUGGGUGCUACCAUUAAGAAGGAUGAACAGACGGGGGCAAUCAUUGUGGCCCGGAUCAUGCGGGGAGGAGCUGCAGACAGAAGUGGUCUUAUUCACGUGGGUGACGAGCUGAGGGAAGUGAAUGGGAUCCCAGUGGAAGACAAGAGGCCUGAGGAAAUCAUACAGAUUUUGAGUCAGUCCCAGGGAGCAAUUACAUUUAAGAUAAUACCCAGUGCCAAAGAGGAGACAGCUUCCAAGGAAGGCAAGGUGUUUAUCAAAGCCCUUUUUGACUAUGACCCAAAGGAGGACAAGGCCAUCCCUUGUAAGGAGGCAGGGCUGUCUUUCCGAAAGGGAGACAUUCUUCAAAUCAUGAGCCAAGAUGAUGUGACGUGGUGGCAGGCAAAACACGAGGGUGAUGCCAACCCCAGAGCAGGCCUGAUUCCCUCCAAGCACUUCCAGGAACGGAGAUUGGCUCUGAGACGACCAGAAAUAGUAGUCCAACCUCUGAAACUUUCCAACAGGAAAUCAUCUGGUUUUAGAAGAAGUUUCCGUCUUAGCAGGAAAGAUAAGAAGACAAACAAGUCUAUGUAUGAAUGCAAGAAGAGUGACCAGUACGACACAGCAGACGUGCCUACAUACGAAGAAGUGACACCAUAUCGGCGGCAGGCUCAUGAGAAAUACAGGCUUGUUGUCCUGGUUGGUCCUGUCGGGGUUGGGCUGAACGAGCUGAAGCGGAAGCUGUUGAUCAGUGACACACAGCACUAUGGUGUGACAGUGCCCCACACCACUAGAGCAAGAAGAAGCCAAGAGAGUGACGGUGUGGAAUAUAUUUUUAUUUCCAAGCAUUUGUUUGAGACAGAUGUUCAAAAUAACAAGUUCAUUGAAUAUGGUGAAUAUAAAAACAACUACUAUGGUACAAGUAUAGACUCGGUUCGCUCUGUCCUAGCUAAGAACAAAGUUUGUCUGUUGGAUGUCCAACCUCAUACAGUGAAGCAUUUAAGGACCCUGGAGUUCAAACCCUAUGUGAUAUUUAUAAAACCUCCAUCCAUAGAGCGUUUGAGAGAGACAAGGAAAAAUGCAAAGAUUAUUUCAAGCAGAGAUGACCAAGGAACCGCAAAGCCCUUCACGGAAGAAGACUUCCAAGAAAUGAUUAAAUCGGCACAGAUAAUGGAAAGUCAAUAUGGCCAUCUUUUUGACAAAAUCAUAAUAAAUGAUGAUCUCACUAUGGCAUUUAAUGAGUUAAAAACAACAUUUGACAAAUUAGAGACUGAGCCCCAUUGGGUCCCAGUGAGCUGGUUACAUUCAUAACUCAGUAAAAUUUCCAUAAUUGUCUUUUUUACAGAGUGCAUGGUUAGGUCAGCUACCAUGGUUUUGGUAGUAUUUUUAAAACUGUGUAUCACUGUCAUAGAUGUAAAGUCUUCAUAAAAUUUUAAUGUGGCUUUGUUUAUGUCUUUUACAGCCAGCCUUAUUUGAAGCAUAUGACUGUAUAAUCAAAGUCAAAAUCUGCACAGUGCUAUAUUCUUAGCAAAACUUUGAACUUCCUGUUUGUCUUUAAUUCUGCCUGUGCUGUGAGAGGCAGUGUGUAUCAGAGUUCAUGCCUCCCCCAUGCUCACCGCCCUUCCCUUUGCAUGAUUGCAGUUGACAGCAUGGACUUAGCAGCCUUGGGCAGCUCUAUGGAUUUAACUGAGCUGGAAGUGAGAGCCCAUCCUCUUACUGCCCCUGUACAAAGUGUGUUCUUAGUACGCAUGUUUAAAAACAAAGGAGAAACUCAAAUUUUUUUUUUCUUAAGAUAGUAGCUCACGUAUUGUAGCUUACGAAAUCCUUUGGAGUACAUUCAGAAAUGUUGCAGAUAUUCUAUAAGGGAAAAUCAGAUACUUUUUUUUUUUUUUUUUUUUUUUAAGUUGAAGAUCCACUCUGGCCUUGAACUCAGCCUUCCUUUGCCUCAGCCUCCUAAGUACAGGUACAUGCCACUGCAAGAGACCUGGAAAUAAAUUUCAAUAAUAUUAUAGAUGUAGAAAAGAAAUUUUCCUCAUGGUUUAGGAAAAAUGGUGUGGUCUUAAGGCAAGUAAUGAUCACAAAGCUACUUUUCAGAGGACAUUGCUAGAGUCAUUCUUUUUUCUCUUGCUCUGGAAUUUUUCAAGUCGUGAAAAUAAGUAUUCCAAAAUAUGUAACACACAUGUUAGAGUACAGAAAAGGAAAAGGUGAUCAUGCUUUUGUAUUCAAUUACUACACAUUUAAAUUGUGCUGGAGUGUGUUUUAGAAACCUUAGAUUGUGUUAAGUUCUUUGUCACCAAAAUGAUUGACAUUGGCCAGAUUCCAUCUCAAUCUAUUCUGAAGGAAGAUGAAAUUUUAAAUACUUAGAUGACUCUUCUCCUUUUUCUUUGAUGCCAUAGGUCUCCAGCAAGUGAGUAAUUUACAAUAUUACAAAUGUCUACUGCUCAGAGAACUCCUGCCAUUCUUGUGAAUACUGUGAUUCAGCCAGUAGAAAAAUCAUCAUAUCUAUGAUUGUCAUACAAAAUUAUUUUUGUUGCUUUGUAUAGAAUUUAAACAUGUUUAAAGAAAAAUAAAAUGUAGGGAAAUUUUAUAUAUUUGUGAAAUAUUUGAAAGGCAUAUUUUUUUAGUUAUCAAAUAAGGCUAUUCAUAAAAUAAACUUAUAUGUAAAGAUAUAAUUUAAAGUAGUAGUUUUAUAAACAAGAUCAACAUUCCAUGUAAAUACUUGACCUCUUGGCAGAUAGGCCCACGUGCGUGUUAGUUGUUCACCACUGCCUGGUAGUCUCCAUUGCUAGCUUUCCUUAAGACAUGUCAAGUUACUGUGAGAAGCAGAAACAAACUGCUCUAGUUCACACCCAGCAGUCAGAUCAUUGGACUAGUGAACAAUCUAUGUAAGUUCUGUGUUUAUGCAGUUUACACACAGAUAAGAUGACUAACAUAUUCCUGUUCUGAAGCCAGUGUCCUGUGUGGCCCGUCUAGAAGCACAAGUCUUAAGGAGUUGGUUUGGGUGGAAUAAUCCAUUCCUUGGGCAAUACUUGCACUUCUCACAAAGCAAAUUUCUGUACCAAGAAUGAUGAGGAAGGUAUACUAGCAUAGGACAGUCUGUACUACUUCAUGAAGCCCAUGUUCCUUACUCUGAGAUACCUUUGUUGACUGUUUUUCUUCAUCUGGGGAUUGUUGUCUCCAUUAUUCAUUUUGGGGUAGAGCUUAUGUAUUGCAGUAGAAUUUGUGAGUCCUUAUAGGUAGUAGGGAGUGAUGGAAUGUUAUGAAAAUGUAAAUGUCUGCACCUUUUAGAGCAGAGCCAAACAAUAUUUCUUUUUAAAACAAUGGAAAUAAAAGCCGUUUUAGGUGACAUGUAGCAUUAACCGUACUUUGAUGCUUACAAAGAGAUUGAAUUAAAAUGUAAAAAGCCAGGCCAACAAAGAGCUAUUGAUACCUGCAGCAAGAGGCCUCUCUCUGCUCUCUGACCUCAGCGAUCCUAGCACCAAGGAGGAGAACUCUUUGCUCCUAGCUUCCAGAAGCCUGUUCCUGGGAUGGAGUGUCAGCCACAAUUAGAGAGAAAAGCUGUGUUUAGUGUUUGCCUGUACAGUCAGAACUGAACUUAGUGUGGAAUGCUGUUCUCCUUGUCCACCUCCCAGUUAGA